GGCGCCCAGUGAUGACGGAGGGCUUCCUGAUUGGAUGUGCACCCGAGGCGGUGGUUUAGGGAGCCGAGAAUUCUACAAGCCGAACACGUGGGAGCGAACUGUGAGGAGAUUGAGGGGGUCUCCAGGCCAAAAAAGUUUUGAGGUUUGCAGGACCUAGAGGAAUCUCCCUCAGGAUGAAGCUGAGUCUUACCAAGGUAGUUAAUGGCUGUCGCCUAGGAAAAAUCAAAAACCUAGGCAAGACAGGGGACCACACCGUGGACAUUCCAGGCUGCCUUCUGUACACCAAGACUGGCUCUGCCCCACACCUGACCCAUCACACCCUGCAUAAAAUCCACGGGGUACCUGCCAUGGCCCAGCUUACGCUGUCAUCGCUGGCAGAACAUCAUGAAGUCUUGGCAGAAUAUAAGGAAGGAGUUGGAAAGUUUAUAGGCAUGCCAGAAUCACUCUUGUACUGCUCCCUGCAUGAUCCAGUCAGCCCCUGCCCAGCUGGCCAUGUAACAAACAAGUCUGUGUCUGUGUGGAGUGUUGGAGGACGAAUGGAAAUGACUGUUUCCAAGUUCAUGGCAAUUCAGCAGGCCCUUCAGCCAGACUGGUUUCAGUGCCUCUCAGAUGGAGAAGCAUCUUGUGCAGAAGCAACUUCCAUAAAAAGAGCCAGAAAGUCUGUUGACCGAUCGCUUCUAUUUCUGGAUAAUUGUCUGCGGCUACAAGAAGAGUCAGAGGUCCUUAAGAAAAGUACGAUCAUUGGAGUGAUUGAAGGUGGAGACGUGGUGGAGGAGAGGCUGAGGUCAGCACGAGAGACAGCCAAGCGGCCCGUCGGAGGCUUCCUGCUGGAUGGAUUUCAAGGGAAUCCAACAACUCUGGAGACUAGACUGCACUUGCUGUCAUCGGUCACCGCAGAGCUGCCGGAAGACAAACCGAGGCUCAUCUGUGGCAUUAGCCGGCCAGAUGAGGUGCUUGAGUGUAUUGAAAGAGGAGUGGACUUAUUUGAGAGUUUUUUUCCUUAUCAAGUGACAGAGCGGGGAUGUGCCCUGACUUUCAGCUUUGAUUACCAGCCGAAUCCUGAGGAGACAUUAUUACAACAAAAUGGGACACAAGAAGAAAUAAAGUAUGUGGAUCAAACAAAGAAAAUUAACACAACCAUUUGCAACCAAGAAAUGACAUCAUUUGAAAUUAAUCUGAAGGAAAAAAGGUACCAGGAGGAUUUUGACCCACUGGUGAGAGGGUGUUCCUGUUACUGCUGUAAGAAUCACACUCGUGCAUACGUCCACCAUCUCCUGGUGACCAAUGAACUGUUGGCUGGGGUCCUGCUGAUGAUACACAACUUCGAACACUACUUUGGAUUUUUCCACUCUAUCCGGGAAGCACUGAAAAAUGACAGACUGGAAAAGUUGAAAGAGCUCAUCCACAGGCAAGCAUCUUGAGACCCAUCACACCCAAAUCUAACUCUUCACAUUGAACCAGUACCCCUGUUGGAAUGUGGGAAGAAGAGAACAAGAAAUGAACUAAGCUUUCAUCAUUUGUACUUGAGAAUAAGGUCUGCUCAGAUAAGGAAUAUCUGCACCAAACUGCCCACAUAAGGAUAAAGAGACUUUUUCUAAAGACUUAAAUGACCUGAGUUGAUCAGAAGUAACUGAACCAUAACCUUUAAUAUUUCUAUGCUAACUCUUCUAGUCAAUAGAGAUUUGUUUAGGCAAAGACAAAAGCUUUAGAUGUGAACAGACAGCCUGGAAGUGGUGGUGAGGAGAUGCUGAGGGUUCACUGAGUUGGGUUGGAGCCGGAAGGGACAUGAUUAGUCCUGAGUCGCAUGAGCUUGUGGACACCUGCCUGUUGACUGGAGAAGGAAUCUGGCAGAUUGAGAAGAUUUCUGUAUUCGAAUCCUCAUGUUCUCAGGGGCCUCUUUUGGACACUUCUGCCUUCCACGCUGCCCUGGCAGUUCAAUCAAUCAGAAAGGGCUCUUGCGACCUAACCAGGCUGGUAUCUCCAUGGAAUGUGGGGCUCACAUGUUGCUCCUAUCACCAGUUGGCCCAGGGCACACCCUCUCAUUUGGCUACGUGGACUGUUUGUGACUGGUGUCCCUGGAGCUGACUGGAAGUUGACCUAACUGCAUCUGGUUGUACACGUCUGCUGUGGCCUGCGCUUCAGGUUCAGCGAUGUCUGAGCGCGUAAUAACUAUAGCCCCAUUACUGGGGGAGAUUCCUUCAGCAUGUGUUCCCUCGGACCGAGCCCUGCACUGGCCAUUAGAGGAUUGGGUUUCACUGCUACUCCCCUCUCCAUGCCUGGUUCCUCCUGACUGAAUAUGGCAGGCAUAGUGGAUGGGACUAAACCGAAUUCUUUGAUUCCAUCUAGUGCUAGUAUUUGGGGAACAAAACAUUUUAGAUUAGAGUCCCAGCCUUACUUGUUCUUGUUUAUUGAUCACUAUUGGCCUGACGAAAAUGUAGUAGUGCCAGGCGUCAGGCAACAGCAGAACUACUCGAGAGCCUAAAAAGGGGUUUGGCCCCUGGAUUUUGAAGUGGUUGGUGAAUUGGCAUCAGCCGAUCCUGAGGCUGGGAAGACCUUCCCGGAUCAUCUCUGAUUCUGUGAGUUUUUCCUGCUCUUGCCAGAGGCCUGACAUUUAUGUUGACAGUGUGGCAGGCGAUUUUUUGUGUGUGUGCUUUUCUAUAUUUAUCAAGUUUUCUUUAAGAAUAUACAUACACACAGUUUUUGUAAAACAACAACAGAACCGAAAAGAUACCUUUGUUUUGUUUGUAGGAGUGUGAAAUAUAUUUGUUUUAUAUUCUUGUGCUAUAUUUUACUGUUUGUUCAUUUUAGUGGGUGUUACUCAACAUUGUUUUUAAUUAUGUGGUUACUAUAUUUUUAUGUGUUGGAUGCCCAUCUAUACGGUUUUCUUUUAUUAGUGGUAUAGGAAUGUCCAUGAAUUCGAUUUUGGAAUUCAUGAAUUUUAGAAUUCAUGGACUUUCCUAUAACCUCUCUCCUUCGUGAAUGGCAACGUUACUUAUGAGAGACAGAAUUUCUGUUCUCAAGGAUUUGAUUGUUUUGAAAUAUAUUGGAUUGGACUUGUUCAUAUGGUUAUAUUCCUGUUCAAUGCCAAAUCCAUUAUUGGAGGAGUAUUAAUAAAUAGCCCCAAAUCAGUAUAAAAUGUAUGAGUUUUAUUUAUGUUCAAAACACUGAAAAUUCUGCCCAAUAUCCUCCAUUUUUCUGGGUCUUUUUCUUAUUAGCACAUU